AAGUCUCUAUUGGAUCAAUUCCUGAGGUUUUGAUUUAUAAUUCUGUGGUGGGUGAUAAACUCAUCCCUUCCCCAAGCUUCCCAAGUACCAUUCCUUCCCUUGGAAGAGCAAGAACUAGGCAACUCCCUGCUAUAUGCCAAACAGGCCCACUUCCUGUUUGUGGGUGGGACGGAAGUGAGUGACAAAAGAAUAGACGGGGAUGUCUCCCAUUUCCACAAAGCAGAAUCCUUAACACAUUCUACUUUUUUACUAUGGUUCUUUUAAAGAUAGCUGGUGUAACCAAACUCAGGUUUAGCUUCUUAAUGCAACAAAAGCCAAACUUGUGAGAAAGGUGCUGGUGAAAAAGAAAGCACUAUAUUUAUUUAAAUAUUGGCUCCUUGAGAAGAUGGGGACUUUUUUUUAAAUUUCUUUAUUGAUUAAGUUAUUACAUAUGUGUCCAUUACCGAAAAUUGAUAGGAUUAAAAUCAACUGGUAUAGGACAGUUCCGGGGACGCGGGAGUGAGGCCUUCCUCUGCCGACAUGCACCAACAGAACUUCCGAACCCCGACUCCUCCUUACCCUGGCCUGGGGGUAGGAGAUUGGAGCAGCAGGAGCAGCUACCGGGGUACCCGGGGCGGAGGCGGGCUGCGGCCUCCCUCCCCUCGGGACGGGUACGGGAGACUGCAUCACACAUUGUCGCUGUCGUUCGGGCCCCAGUGUAGGCCCUAUGGGAACAGCCACUCUCGGCGACAUGGUGGCAGCUUCCCCGGGGGCUGGUUCGGGUCUCUGUCCCCUGGCGGCUACCCUGGCUCCUACUCCAGGUCCCCCGCGGGGUCCCAGCAGCAAUUCGGCUACUCCCCAGGGCAGCAGGCCCACCCCCAGGGUUCCCCAAGGACAUCUACACCUUUUGGAUCAGGGUGUGGUAGAGAAAAAAGAAUGUCUAAUGAGUUGGAAAGUUAUUUCAAACCUUCAAUGCUUGAAGACCCUUGGGCUGGCCUAGAACCAGUGUCUGUAGUGGAUAUAAGCCAACAAUACAGCAAUACUCAAACAUUCACAGGCAAAAAAGGAAGAUACUUUUGUUAACAUUUCUGAAAUUCAACUGGAAGCUUCAUGUGUCAGGAACA